UUGACGUCGAGAAGCUGGUAACAGGCUUCUUGCGGUCGGGAGAGGGGCGUGAACGCACUGGAGACCAAGCCCGCAGGUCAUCGCUGGGAGCCUUGGCCGCCUCACCGCUCUGCUCUACCGAAGUGCUCGAGAUCAGGAAAGACCUUUCAAAGAACACCCACUGCACCAGAGCAAGAGAUCACAGAUUCCUUGUUAUCUUGUUCCCCGAAUGCCAUCUCCAUAUGCGGGACCCAGUCAGGCGGGAGGGGAAACUGGGCAGCAGCUGGACCAAGAGAGCAGAGCAGGUGAAUCAGCCCUGCUCUCGGUCUAUGUCCAGCUGGUCUUUUCACAUGGGGGCUGGCCAGCAGCACUCUCCAAGCCCCUGCCUCUGCCCCCUGCCUCUGCUUCCUCUUCCCCGGGAACUCUCGCUGGCCUCAGCCUCACGACAGAGUGUAAUGUCAAGCCAGAUGGACUGACCUAUUGUGCCUGCCUGUCUGGAUACCAAUGGAACGCCAGCAUCUGCUCCCGUCACCAGCUCUGCCAGCCCCCCCACAACCACCAGCCCUGCGGCUGCCUGGUCUUCAGCCCUCCUGAAGCUGGGUACUGCCAGGUGCUGCCACCUGUCCCGGGCAGCCUGAGCCUGAACUCCUGGCUGCAGGUGCCUGGCCACACGCUGAACCUGACCCUCCACACGAGCCAGGAGACCACCAGCCUGAACUGGUUCCUGCGGCGGCACACGGGGAGCCCCGGGCCCAUCCCUCUGCAGCCGGGGACACAGGUGUCCCUGACGUCGAGCCAGGGCCAGGCUGUCCUCAGCAUCCGCAACAUCUCACACGAGUGGGAAGGUGAGUACAUGUGCUGCUUUGAGGCCCAGGGAUUCCGGUGGGAGCUGUACCAGUUGGUGAGGGUGCCCCUGCAGGUGACAGAUGUGGCUCGGCUUCCAGACCAGCUCUCCAUCUCCUGUGCCACCUCCCCGGGCUUCCAGCUGAGCUGCUGCAUCCCCUACACACCCCUGGGCUACCUGGCCUCCUGGAGCCCUGGAGAGGGCAGCGAAGCCUCCUUCAACACACCAGGUGACCAGUGCCUUGUGCUGGCCACUCAGCACUGCCCUGCAGCUGACAUCACAUACACUUGUGACCUGCAGAGCCCAGGACUGACUCCUCUCAGGGUCCCCGUCUCUGUCACCAUCAUCCAGGAUGGAGACACUACCUGCCCUGAGGACUCUGCAGUUGUUGCCUGGAAUGUCACCAAGGCUGGCCAUGUGGCACAGGCCCCCUGCCCCGUGAACAGGACGGGCAUGGUGAAGAGGACUUGUGGGCCUGACGGGGCCUGGGGACCCAUCCACAGCAGCUGCACAGACACCAGGCUGCUGGCCUUGCUUCGGAGAGCCCAGCUGCUGUGGGCCGGCCAGGGCUGGCCUGCUGAAGAGGUGCCACAGAGCCUGGCUCAGCUGCUGGAGCAGACAGAGGUGGUGAGCUCACCCUCUGACUUAUUGGCACUGCUGGGCACCAUGACAUUCCUGGCCAAGGUGGUGGCAGACACCAGAAUACCACUUCGCCGCAGUGCCCUGGAGGCUCUCCUGAAAACCACGGACAAGGUCCUAGACAUGGACACCAGUUCUCUGUGGACCCCGGCCCAGGUCCAGAAGCCCUCGGCGGCCUCAGAUCUCCUGCUGGCAGUGGAGACCCUGUCACAUAGCCUGUGCCCACAGGAUCACCCCUUCUCCUUCAGCUUGCCCAAUGUGCAGCUGCAGACCCAGCUCCUCACACCCACAGUUCCUGCUGACUACAGAGUCUCCUUCUCCACUCAGCCCCCACUCUGGGCACAGAUUCCCAGACGCUCACUGGCCCCACUGGACACUAGCAAUAGUAACAUCACGAUUACUAGCCUGGUGCUGCGAAAACUGGACCACCUCCUACCCUCAAACUAUGGACAAGAGCUGGGGGACUCCCUCUAUGCCACUCCCGGUCUCGUCCUCUCCAUCUCCAUCAUGGCAGGUGGCCAGGCCUUCAACCAGGGAGAAGUCACCAUGGACUUUGGGGACAGAGAUAACCCCUUUCACUGUGUCUUCUGGGAUCACCAUCUUUUCCAGGGCAACGGGGGCUGGUCAGGUGAAGGGUGCCAGGUGCAGGCAGCCAAUGCCAGCGCCACCACUCAGUGCAUCUGUCGGCAUCUCACUGCCUUUUCCAUCCUCAUGUCCCGACACACUGUUCCAGGAAACCCCACCCUGGAGCUGCUGAGUCAGGUGGGCUUGGGGGCCUCCAUUCUGGCGCUGCUUGUGUGCCUGGGCGUGUACAGGCUGGUGUGGAGGGUCGUGGUACGGAACAAACUUGCCUACUUGCGCCACGCAGCCCUGCUCAACGUGGUGCUCUGCCUGCUGGCCGCGGACACCUGCUUCCUGGGAGCCCCCCUGCUUCCUCCAGGGCCCCGAAGCCCACUCUGCCUGGCUGCUGCCUUCCUCUGUCAUUUCCUCUACCUGGCCACCUUUUUCUGGAUGCUGGCUCAGGCCCUGAUGUUGGCCCACCAGUUGCUUUUUGUCUUCCAUCAGCUGUCCAAGCGCCGAGUCCUCUCCCUGAUGGUGGUUCUCGGCUACCUGUGCCCGAUGGGGUUUGCAGGGGCCGCCCUGGGCCUCUACCUACCCCGAGGGCAAUACCUGGGGGAGGGGGUGUGCUGGUUGGAUGGGAAGGGAGGGGCGCGCUACACCUUCGUGGGGCCGGUGCUGGUCAUCGUGGGCCUGAACGGGCUGGUACUAGCCAUGGCCAUGCUGAAGCUGUUGAGACCGUCGCUGUCAGAGGGACCCCAGGCGGAGAAGCGCCAAGCCCUUCUGGGGGUGAUGAAAGCCCUGCUCGUUCUCACACCCAUCUUCGGCCUCACCUGGGGGCUGGGCCUGGCCACUCUGCUCGAGGAAGUCUCCAUGGUCCCUCACUACAUCUUCACGAUUCUCAACACCUCCCAGGGUGUCUUCAUUUUGCUGUUUGGUUGCCUGAUGGACAAGAAAGUACAAGAGGCUUUACUCAAACGCUUCGGCUGUGCCCAGCCCCCCAACUCCACCAUCUCCCUGGCCACAAAUGAAAGCCACAUCCCGGAACCCAGCAGAGGGAGAAGUGAAAAUGCCAGUUAUGAAGAAAAGAUGACUUAAUUGACAGGAACUCUGAUCUUCCGAACAUUAGAGGUGAAGGGCAGAAUUUGGUUUGCUUAUUUUCAAAGUUUAGGAAAAGUGAAGUUAAUGAGACCUCCUUCUUUAACUUUUAAAAAUAUUAAUAUAAAAUUUUUGUAGACAUACACAUGUAUACAAAAAGUCACUGAUAUGAGCAUAUUUGUAAGAAAGCACCAGAAAUUUUAAAGUAGAGAGAAAGGUAUCACAGACUGCCACAAAUUACGAAGACAAGAUGAAACACAUUUAAAAGUAGCAGGAUCAAGCUAAGACUAGACAUAGAGAAGAAAGAUUUCAGAAAAGCCUCUAGGAGACACCAAGACAUCAAGUGGAAUUAAUGUAUGGAAUUCACAAGCGGUAAUGACAGGAUUCAGAAAAAAUGUUAAACUAGGUACAUGAAAAGAAAAUGUUGAUAAAUGAAUGUGUAAAUUACAAAUUUCAUGAAUAAUUUUAUAAAAUGGA